AUGGCGAACGCAGGACAACGCACACAACAAGUCCCCCAGCAUGUCACCGCACUACUCUCACACCUCACCUCCCGCCCAGGCGUGCAAUCCACCUUGAUCCUCUCCCGCAAAGACGGGUCCAUCAUCCAAAGCACAGGACAGCUAGCACAGACGGAAGAAAACAGCACCUCUCGCACCGCACACAUCCCCCCAUCAACAAACGAACAGAGCCCCCUCUCCACCACCCAACCAAGAGACCCAUCCCCUACCCUGCCCGUGUCACAGCCCUACCAACCCUCGCAAGCCGAAACGCUAGCCGCCCACAUCUUCGCGUUCGUCUCUAGUGCUGAAGCACUCGGUGUCUCACUAUCACGACCCACGCUCACUGUGCAGCGACCCAGCGACACCCAUUGGGAUGUUAACUACGACGAUGCGAACGAGGGCACGGCACGUGAGGAAGACCAGGACGGGGAUGAUUUCGAUCGGGAUGAGGAUGGAGAAGUGAAGCUGCUGAGAAUGCGCACGAAGAAACAUGAAAUUGUGGUCGUUCCGGACCGGAAGUACUUGCUGUGUGUUGUACAUGAUGCUUCCCCCGGUUCAGCGCCGGCGGCGGGCUCGCGCCGGUAG